CACGGAAGCAGUAUGGCGUCAAACAACAAUAGCUCCGACAGGCAACGAAUUGCACAGCAAAGAUUAAGCAGAAUUGCAGCGCAUUUACAUAAACAUGAGGACGGUAACUCGGGAAUUAUCGCAAAAGAAUGCAAAAUCGAUGCGACUGGUUCAACGGAAGAGAAUAAAGGGACGGUGCCGAGAAAGAGGCAGGAGAUUAUGAAGUGGAAUGGCUGGGGGUACAGUGACUCCAAAUUCCUCUUUAACAAGAACGGUCGAGCAGAAUUCACAGGCAAAAGGUAUAGGCUAAGUGGGAUGACCCUGCCCAGUUUGCAGGACUGGUUUGAAAAUACCUUUGGUGCCAGUGUGAAGCAUAAAAGCCCUGCGACACCACUCCUGAAUGCCAGCGCUGUGCCGCCGCCCAGACUGAACGAGGCAUUCGUAGAGAACCUGAAGGCCACAAGCAUCCCAUUCUCCAAUGAGGCGGAGGACAGGGUGUUCCGUGCCCACGGUCAUUGCCUACAUGAAAUCUUUGCUCUCAGAGAAGGGAAGAAAUUUGAGCGUGUUCCAGACAUGGUGGUGUGGCCAAACUGCCACAACGAUGUGGUGAAAGUUGUGGAGCUGGCGUGCAAGCACAAUGUUUGUUUGAUACCAUACGGCGGAGGUACCAGUGUGACCAGUGCUCUAGAGUGCCCCCCGGAGGAGACCCGCUGCAUCGUCUCUCUGGAUACUUCCCAGAUGAACCGCAUAUUGUGGCUCGACGAGAAGAAUUUAGUCGCCCACGUUGAAGCUGGCAUCAUCGGUCAGGACCUGGAGAGAUUACUCAACGAGAGUGGUUACUGUAUGGGGCAUGAGCCAGACUCCAUGGAGUUCAGUUCGCUGGGCGGCUGGGUGGCUACUAGAGCAUCAGGCAUGAAGAAGAACGUAUAUGGUAACAUUGAGGACCUGGUGAUCCACAUAAAGGCGGUGACCCCUCGAGGGGUGAUAGAGAAGAGCUGCCAGGGGCCACGCACGUCCACUGGGCCAGACAUCCACCACUUCAUCCUGGGCUCAGAAGGAACCCUUGGUGUGGUUACCGAGGUAACGAUGAAGAUCCGACCAAUCCCAGAGUACCAGAAGUAUGGCUCGGUGGUCUUCCCUAACUUUGAGGCAGGCGUGGCCUGCUUACGAGAGGUUGCCAAGCAGAGGUGUGCACCGGCUUCCAUCCGGCUCAUGGAUAACAAACAGUUUCAUUUCGGUCAUGCCCUGAAACCUCAAGUGUCGUCCAUUUUCACACAUUUUGUUGAAGGGUUAAAGAAGUUCUACAUCACCAAGUUGAAAGGUUUCGACCCCCACCAGUUGGUGGUUGCCACUCUUCUGUUUGAAGGGGACCGCGAGAGGGUCCUGCAGCAUGAAAAACGUGUUUAUGACAUCGCAAAAACAUUUGGGGGCCUGGCAGCUGGAGAGGACAAUGGGCAGAGAGGCUACAUACUGACCUUUGUCAUCGCUUACCUCCGGGACUUGGGGAUGGACUACUGUGUAGUUGCAGAAUCUUUUGAGACAUCGGUGCCUUGGGACAGACUGCCUGACACUGCUGGAGGAGAGAGGGAUGGAGUGACACAGCCAGUAGGAACAGGAAUCUCCAACAUUAUUGGGGUAUUGGACCUUUGCCGGAAUGUCAAGGAGAGAAUUAUCAGAGAGUGUAAAGAAAGAGGAGUCCAGUUUCAACCGUUGACCUCAUGCAGAGUGACUCAGACCUAUGACUCUGGUGCAUGUAUAUACUUCUACUUUGCCUUCAACUACAGAGGACUGGCGGAUCCAGUAUAUACAUACGAACAAGUGGAGCAUGGUGCCAGAGAGGAGAUCCUAGCCAAUGGAGGAAGCCUCUCGCACCACCAUGGAGGUAGUCAAGUGAACACCCCUACGUCUAGCCAUGCCCCUACGUCUAGCCAUGCCCCUACGUCUAGCCACGCCCCUACAUCUAGCCACGCCCCUACGUCUAGCCACGCCCCUACAUCUAGCCAUUUCAUCUUUUUCCAAAUUUCUUCAUAUACCUUCAUACCUACAAAUUCAUAAAAUUUACUUGCCUAUUCACUUACGUAGAUGGACGGCACAACAGGGGUUUAAAGAACCCCUUAGAUGGCACGGCAGUGGUUUAAAGAUCCCCUUAGAUGGCACGGCAGGGGUUUAAAGAUCCCCUUAAAUGGCACGGCAGGGGUUUAAAGAUCCCCUUAAAUGGCACGGCAGGGGUUUAAAGAUCCCCUUAGAUGACACGGCAGGGGUUUAAAGAUCCCCUUAGAUGGCACGGCAGGGGUUUAAAGAUCCCCUUAGAUGGCACGGCAGGGGUUUAAAGAUCCAGUGAAGGCAGUCUGUCAGGCUCUGUGCUGCUGUAUAGAAGUGAGCCAGUCUUUUUCUAAACCUCCUGUUUUGGCUUGGAGAUCUUUCAUCGCUUCCUUCACACCUCCACAGUACAGAGAAAUGGCUCUUUGUUCAUCUCAACACGGGCCAAAUGAAAGGCGAGCAGGGGAGGGAGUGUGAAGCGACUAUCAGGGCAAACCCUAAUGGCUGCCUCAUCUAUAUUGCCAGGCGCCUCGUCUGUUUUCAUACAUCACUUCAGGCUAUUCAUCACGCCUGUCAGAAACUGCACGCAGUGAAUCAGCUGCGAUAUUAAAUCACAAUUUCUCCUGAAGGUGGGGAAGGUUAAAAAUGAACAGAUUGCUAAUAUAAGAAGGCAGUGGGCCAGGGUAAAUGAUGUUGCUGUUAUCACCCAGUAUUUACUGCCCUCCAAAUAGUGGGCCACCACCCAGCCAGCCAACCACCCAGGGCUGAGUAGGAGGGUGUGCAGCCGGGAGGAGGGGAUAUUGAUGCAGCUCCUGGGUGCGAGGCCCGCUCUGUAAUUGUGAUUAAUAACAGCCUGCUAUCUGGGCGCAGACAGGCGGUUUGUCUGCCUACAAUCAACACAUGACAAAUGGAGCUCGUCUCACUGAGGUGUGUAGCAAAGAAAACCGAUGUAGUCUGGGAAGGCAGGGUGGGAGGGGCCACCACAGGAAAUAUACAUUAUUCUAACCUGUGUUUACACGAGGUCAGGGUGUGCAGAGAUAGUAUUCCACCCCCUGAUUCAAUACACGUUAGAAUCACCUUUGGCAGCGAUUACAGCUGUGAGUCUUUCUGGGUAAGUCUCUUUGUACACCAAUAUUUACACAUUAUUCUUUUUUAUAUUGUUCAACCUCUUGUCAAAUUGGUUGUUGAUCAUUGCUAGACAGCCAUUUUCCAGUCUUGCCAUAGAUAUUUAAGUCAAAACUCUAACUAGGUCACUCAGGAUAAUUAAAUUUGUCCUCUUGUUAAGCAACUCCAGUGUAUAUUUGGCCUUGUGUUUUAGGUUAUUGUCCUGCUGAAAGGUGAAUGUCUCCCAGUGUCUGUCAGAAAGCAGACUGAACCAGGUUUCCUCUAGGAUUUUGCGUGUGCUUCGCUCUAUUCCAUUUUAUUUUUAUCCUGGAAAACUCCCUAGUCCUUGCCGAUGACAAGCAUACCCAUAAACUGCAGCCAACACCAUUCUUUGAAAUAUGAUGAGUGGAACUCCGUGAUGUGUUGUGUUGGAUUUGCCCCAAACAUAAAGCUUUGUAUUCAGGACAUAAAGUUAAUUUCUUUGCCACAUUUAUUUGCAUUUUUUUAUUUUUUAUUUGAACCUUUAUUUAACUAGGCAAGUCAGUUAAGAACAAAUUCUUAUUUUCAAUGACGGCCUAGGAACAGUGGGUUAACUGCCUGUUCAGGGGCAGAAUGACGGAUUUGUACCUUGUCAGCUCAGGGGUUUGAACUCGCAACCUUCCGGUUACUAGUCCAACGCUCUAACCACUAGGCUACACUGCCUGUUUUUUGGAGUGUUUUUAUUCUGUAGAGGCUUCGUCCGUUUCACUCUGUCAUUUAGGUUAGUAUUGUGGAGUUACUACAAUGUUGUUGAUCUAUCCCCUCUUUUCUCUCAUCACAGCCAUUAAAAUAACUGUUUUAAUGUCACCGUUGGCGUCAUUGUGAAAUCCCUGAGCGGUUUCCUACCUUACAGGCUUCCUUCCUGAUGUAGUUGCCGGGAAUAUCUGUAGUGACUGGGUGUAUUGAUACACCAUCCAAAGUGUAAUUAAUAACUUCACCAUGCUCCAAGGUAUGAGCGUUGUGAAGUUAUUAAUGACACUUUUGGAUGGUGUAUCAAAACACCCAGUCACUACAGAGUAACAGGUGUCCUUCCUUACUUCCACCUUCCUCAGUUGCCGGGGAGGAAGGAAACCGCUCAGGGAUUUCACCAUGAAGCCAAUUGUGACUUUAAGACCGUUAGUUCUCCUAUCACAGCCAUUAAAAACUCUGAGGAUGGAUCAACAACAUUGUAAUUACUCCACAAUACUAAACCUAAUUGACGGAGUGAAAAAAUAUAAUCCUGUACAGAAUAAAAGUAUUCCAAAAUGUGCUUCCUGUUUGCAAUAAGGCAAUAAGUUAAACUGCAAAGAAAUGUGGCAAAGAAAUUCAUUUUUUGUUUGGGACAAACACAACACAUCACUGAGUACCACUCGUCAAGGUUUAAAACAUUUUUUAAAAUUACUUUUACCCCUUUUUCUCCCCAAUUUUGUGAUCUCCAAUUGGUAGUUACUCUUGUCUCAUCACUGCAACUCCCGUGCGGACACGGGAGAGGCGAGGCUCGAGAGCCAUGCUUCCUGACACACGACCCAACCAAGCCGCACUGCUUCUUGACACAAUGUCCUCUUAACUAAGGAAGCCAGCCACACCAAUGUGUCGGAAACGCCAUACACCUGGCGACCCUGUCAGUGUGCACUGCACCCGGCCCGCCACAGGAGUUGCUAGAGCGAGUUGGGACAAGGACAUCCCUGCCGGCCAAACCCUCCCCUAACCCGGAUGACGCUGGGCCAAACCCUCCCCUAACCCGGACGACGCUGGGCUAAUUGUGAGCCGCCCCAUGGGUCUCCCGGUAGCGGCCGGCUGCGACAGAGCCUGAACUCGAACCAGGAUCUCUAGUGGCACAGCUAGCAACUGCGAUGCAGUGCCUUAUCGACCACUGCGCAACUCUGGAAACUAUCAUAUCCUCAAGCAUGGCGGUGGCUGCAUUAAGAGUUACUGCUAUGCUUGUCAUGGGCAAGGACUGACAAGUUUUAUGUUGUUGGAUGGAACAGAAUAGAGCUAAGGUGAACUCUACGCUGGAGAUAUUUUCCAAGACGACAGUGAAUGUUCCUGAUUGGCAGAGUUAGUUUUGACUUAAAUCGCUUUGAAAAUCUAUGGCAAGACUUGAAAAUGGCUGUCUAGUAAUGACCAAUAACCAACCAACAACCAACUUGACUGGGUUGAAUUCAAGCUGUUACACAACAAAAUGUGGAAUAAGGGGUACAAACAGUUUCUGAAGGCAUUGUAUGCUCUGUGUACUACCAAAGUAUGUGUUCAUGGCUCCUGUUCAAGUUCAUUCUGUUCUCAGGGCUGUUUUAUAGAAUAGUGUGCUGUUCUUAACAACUGCGUGACCUUACACUUGACCCUUACCCAGACACUGAGCAAACAACACACUGCUAGCUUCCUACUCUUCAAGGAUCCAAUGUUUUGCUUUCAGAUUGAAUCUUGUUUCAUCAACAUUGUGUUUGCUCGUUAUUUACUUACUAAAUGAAUUGUGUGUUAUCUGACGAAAGGAGUGAGGUUGCUGUGACCUUUUAUUCACGAUUUGGGGAGAUGCAGGAGUCGAUUGCCAUUCUAUAACUGACAGUGGAUUGAACAUUUUCAAUGCAGCAUUUGUAAGUCUCAUAAACUCCUGGCCUCCAGACAUCCUGUGGUCAGUGUUGGGUUCUUGGUGUUGACGGGGUCCCUCUCAGGGACCAGUGACAACCUGUCCCUCUCCCAGAGGCUCCAGACUCCCUGCAUAUGUCCUGGCAGGACUGGGGGCUCUGGAAUGUGUCUGUUUGGACAGCUGGUAAAGUAGAGCGCUGGUCUUGGUACCUUGCUGGGCACCCUGGCCAGGCCUGACCCAUGCUGUUCCACAUCCAUUGGCCCACGGCCAGAAGAGAGGUGUGUGUGUGUGUGUGUGUGUGUGUGUGUGUGUGUGGGGGGGGGGGGCAGCUGACUUUUAAGGCAGCCCGCUUGGACUUUUAGGGCUGUUUUAUUCAGCCUGAGGAGAACAACACACCCACACAGCAUGGUGACGUCUGUGGGAGGAGAAUGGGCUUGGUGAACAUGAGGGUAAGGCAGAGCCAGCCGGGGAACACACAGAGCCUAAUGAGUUUGAUAGGCUCUUGGGCUCCAUAAAUCAUGCCAUGCAAAAUAUUUCUCCUCUCUGAAUAAAGGCAUUUAUCACCCUC